UUAGUUUGCAUGUCCAGGAGCUGGAAGCUCAACAGAUUAUACCGGAUGGCUCAGCCAAAGCAAUGUUGAAAGAGUCUCCUUUGUCAAAAAAGGGCCCUUGGAAGUUCUCUCUGGGGUUGGAGAACGCUGUGCACUCAAUAACACAGCGCUGUCUCACUGACUUUGAGCCAGCAGUGCAGCCACCGCAACCUGGGUUGCCUGAUCCCAAAGCGCUGGAACACAGGAAGACUUUGAUCCUGACGUCGGACGAAGAACCCGAACAGCAGAAGUGCGAAAACUAUCUUCUAUAUAGCACUCACCUACGAGCGUUGAGGCGUGGUGGCCUGUGUGCGGCACAUUGUGAGAAGCUGCAGGGGCCCCUUCGACAGUCAUGAGUGGGGAAGGGAGUUGGCUCAGAUAGCGCAUUGCUACUUGGACAUCCAUGACCCCUACUCUACUGAGUUCCAGGACGCCCUCGAGGGUAUAUGCAUGGACCAAGCGCUUCCUCGUGACACACCUCCAGAGAUUGUCCACCAACGCUGCAGAGAUGGGAUUGCUGGGUGGUCCACAACAGAUGCAGCGCUGUCAAGAUGGUUCAACUGGGACUCCGCUUGGAAAACAAUUGGACCACAUUGGCAUUUUCUCCGCAAGAUCUACAAGUUCUACCUCACAUUGAAGGGAGAGGCUCCAGAGGAGGAACCUGCGGACGACUGUGAGAAGCACUUUAGAAAAGCAGUAGAUUCAUUACGAGGAGGAUCAGAAGCGGCAAAAGCAUCACUGCUCAAGGCCUUGAAGGAGCUGCACGCUCAGCGAAGUCAUCUACAAAUUUCCUUUGACCUGCUGUGCGAUGAGCGAAUUCGAGAGUAUGCGCACAUGAUAUUUUUUGCCCGCAAAGCUCUGAAUACCGAACACCUGGAGCUCAUGGACGCCACCAACACACGCGAAACAAACAUGCAGUGGCAGGCUGACUUGGCCUGCAGGACAUGGACCCAAACCCUUUCCAAGAUGUUUGACAAGCUCACAGAUGCAUUUGCUCUUGGGCAGCUGGGAAUCCGCAAUGCUGAUGGUGCAAGUGAUUGCACCAGAGAAGCUGCGUCCGACUUUUUCCAGCUGAUUGUUUCAGCUGUCUCGAAGAGGGCUUGGAGCAUGAUGAUUUGGUCUGAGGUAUCUCCGCUUUCCUGGGCAGGGUUGCUGCACAAGAACACCGACCGUGUCUCCCAGAAGUUGUCUGAGCUGGAAGAGGAACAGUCAGUCAUUGUUGAAGCUUGGGACUACCUCACAAAGAAAGAAGGGGAUUGGAAGGGGCUGGAGCUUUGCUUCUCCGAGCUGUGGUACCACCGAGAGACAUUGGUCCAGGAGUUUUGGAAGCACGCAGAGAUGUUCUCGUGGCAACUGGAUGCCCUGUAUGGCCAUGUUUACAGACUCUUUGACACCAUCGUCAGUACGAAAGAGCCUCUGGAGGAUUCGUUCUCGACCAUUGCCAACAAAAUACGCAGUCAGAACAAGAACUACAGGACAUCAACUUUGGAGCGCCUCUGGUUCAUCAUGACAAUGAGCCCCCGGAUGAACAGGGAAGAGUUUCCACUGGCGCAUUUGACGGAGGUUGAUGUUUUCGACCGGGGCGCGCGCAGACAACACCAGACCCAGGCAGUUUUCUUUCCUGCGCAACAUGUGCGGCGAAGCUCGGAUGUUUGUGACAAGAUCAAGAGGGACACUUGCGCAAGAGGCAACAAGAACACAACCAAGAGCUGUGGCCUCAGAGCGAGGAAAGAUCAGGUCUACAGGCCAGCUGGCCAGCAAGGUGAGUUCAGAUCAGUGUCUGCAUUCCUGGCUAUGAAGUUGAGCCGGCAAAGCAGCUUCAGGGAUGUUGGUAGCAUGUGGAAGGGCUUGGUCUUCUUGCCAGGCCAUAUCUACCUCGAGAAGUCCUCUGGCCAAUUCCUGUUGUGUCUUGGAUUUCAUUUCUUGACGGGGUUGGCGUGGAGGCUUGAGGAAGUGCUGCCCGGUGUUUUUGCGCCUGCGAAGGCGCAGGACCUGGUCGUGAUGACUGCAACCGUCUUGGGCAAACCCGGAAAGCCCGAAGACGAAGCUCUUGCAGGAGUUCCAGCAAGUGUAUGCCUCCACGAGCCUAGCAGCAGCAGGGUGCGCAUAUGUUUGAAGAGGUCUUCAGCAGAUCUGUGUCUCACGGGCUUUUGGUUACAGUUCGUACCUAAAGCUCCAAACCAAGAGACACUGCGGCGCUUGUGCGAGGACUGUGGAGUUGCAGUGGAAGCAAAGGGCAAACGAACGAACGCAAACAUGGUGGCUGCUCUGGUAGCGGCGUAUUGCGCUCAUUUGCCUCAAGUGGAUCAAGAUGCUUUGGUAAAACGGCUGGCCACUGCCAACAUCAAGAAGGAGGAUGAGCGCGACACAGCGAGAGGGUACAAACCCAAAUGCUUGAGGGAGGUGCUAGGCGCAAUGAGCUACGAGCCUGAUUCAAAGAAGUUUUUUGACCUUUUUGAGCAGGUCAAUGAUGAGCACAGGCGCGAAUUGGUGCUUGAACGAUGUGGAUACACCCGGGAAGCAGGAGUCCAGAGGACACCUCGCAUUGUGAAGGACCUUCGUCCUCAACGACAUGGCUGCUAUCUGGUCUGGCAGACUUCUGCAAGUAUAGCUGCGUUUGAGGGGUACUACCCCCUCAAGCCCGAGGAGCUUGCGAAGCAGAAGGCCAACAAGAAGGGUAGGAAAAAGACUCACGUGACCAAGUCCAGGUCAUACGGAGGGAAAUACACCCAAUUUCAAGCAUUGAAACACGUGGUGGAUGCACUGUGGACUUUGCAUGGCAAAGAGGGAUAUGACACAAGCGGCCGGCCAAGCUCAAAGCGAAUCCAGGAUACUUUGGACCGAGUACUUGCAGGGGAAGUUGAUCCGGGGCCAGUCGAUGACGACGCGGCUGGUCUAGAUGCUGCUGCUGCGGCGGCAGUGUCUGAGAAGGCAGCCGAGCCAGAGCCUGAUGCUCCAGAGGAGGACGCAGCUGAUGCAGCGCUGUCUUCCUCUUCUAGUUCAUCAAGUUCCUCCUCAUCAUCGUCUAGUUCAUCCUCCAGCCCGAGACGAAAGAAGCGACAGAAUUCCAAACUGUCCAAGCAGGACAAAGCUGCUAGCAAAGCCAAAGCCGCCAGCAAACCCAAAGCCGCUAGCAAGCCCAAAGCUGCUGCCAAGCCGAAAGGGAAGAGUAACGCCAAGGCCAAAUCAGGCCCUACUCCUUUGGAGAUCGAUGAGACAAUGGCGCCUCCGAGCCAUAUGAAGCAUGUGGCUGCCAUCAUGAACAGCGCGAGUAGUGCCACAGCGUCCAAGAGAGCUUCUUCUUCCAAGGGCUCUUCGAACGAAGAACCCAAGAAGAAAGCCAAGAAGUGAUUUCAC